AUGGAUGCCAACUUUGAGGCUGUACAAGCACAUAUGAAAGGUCUGAAGAGACUCAUCCAUCUCCUUGGCGGCCUCGACGCCCUGGACCACAUGACCCUCUCAAAAAUCUACCAGAGCGAUGUUAAAAGCGCAGCCCUCCAAAACUCCCAUCCCACGUUUCCCAUGUCCGCCCGCUGGCGCAGCGAGAUUCUCCAGGAAUUAACCCUCUUCCGCUCAACGGAACACCUUCACGUCUCCAAAUCUCUCGAGGCACUGGGGAACCGCUUCUUCGCCGCACCGCGGUACACACCCUUAGACAACACCUUGAAGACUUUCGUCCAGAUUCUGCGGCGCCUAAUCAUCUACUUCGAGACCGCGCAGCAGCAGCCCUCGAUCGUCCUGCCGACGGACAACAACCUCUUCUUGGUGUUCGAGCACCAGCUCCUAUCGACCGUGUAUGAGACCGACACGACUCUGUUGCAGGAGUCACUGCGUUUGUCCCUGCUGAUCUACCUGAACCUGCGGAUCUGGCAUUUUCAGGCCUUUCCGUUCAUGCAGUUCAUGGUCGACGCUUUGAGGAGGAGUCUGGUACCGGCAUACGGACAUGCCCAGUCCACCGCGCCGGAUCUCCUCUUCUGGAUCCUGUUCAUCGGAGGGAUGGCGUCGCAAGGCUAUAAAUGUUACCCCUGGUUCGUCAGCCGGCUAACGGAGAUGGCGCGUCGUCUGGAUUUGGUCGAAUGGGAGAAAGCGAGGGAAACGCUAGGUGGGUUCUUCUAUACCGAUCAGCCGGGCGAGAGAGGCGCAGAGAAUCUGUGGAACGAGGUGCUUCUGAUGGAGAGUUACCCGUACAUCGCACCUAAACCGACGUUCCAGGUCCUCAUGUUAUGA